AUGUCCACCAGAACAAAAACCCUCCCGCUCGCCCAUACGGCGGGCAUCUUCUCAGACAUGAGUGCCGAUGGACCAGAAAUCGGUACGCUUGUUUUGGUGGUGGACCGGGCGAAAAACUUACCGAACCGCAAGACGAUUGGAAAACAAGAUCCUUACUGCGCUGCGCGCCUGGGGAAAGAAGCAAAGAAGACCAGCACCGACAUUCGUGGCGGUCAAACUCCCAGAUGGGAUCAAGAACUCAGAUUCACAGUUCACGACUCACCAGACUACUUUCAGCUUAAAGUGUCCGUGUUCAACGACGACAAGAAGACCGAACUUAUAGGCGAGGCAUGGAUAGACCUGCGCGAUAUCAUUGUCGAUGGGGGUGGGCAGAGUGAUCAAUGGCACCAACUGCAAUGCAGGGGUAAAUAUGCAGGCGAGCUCCGUCUUGAACUCACAUACUACGACAACCACCCCAAGCCCGACAAGGCACCAACCAAGUCAAGAAAUCCGCAACAAGCUUCUUUAGCAGAAAAUGAGCAGCAACCCGAGACAGCGCCAGUGGCCGCCACGGGACCCAGGGCCAUGCCGAAACGGCGGCCCCUACCUUCGGAUCCGGUUACGGGGAAAACACCCUCACCCGCACCGUCGUCAAAGCCACCACCACCUGCCCCUGCGCCGGAGCCGGUAGAGACACCGCCUCGCUCUCAGCCAAAUCCUAUUUCAUCAUAUGUGCCGUCUCAGUCACCCCUGCAGCAUAUUGAGUAUGGGUCUCAGUCGUCGCGCUACCAGCAGCAACCACCACCAUUGGAACAUUAUCCUCGUCGAGAGCGUAGUGCCGAUCUUCGACGAGAGCCACCGCCCCCUCAACAAUACCAGACAUCGGAAAGAGUGGAAAGAUACCCUGGACAGCAAUCACAGUCGUACGACCGCUAUGACUCUAGGCCCAGUGACCCAUAUGGAGCACCUCAACAGGAGCCACCUCAGGAAUUUAGUGACGAUCGACCUCCUCCACCUCCCGCCCAUCGGUCUAGGCCUAGCCUCAACUCUGCUCCCAAUUCAGGGUUUCAAGGGACUCCGCCGACAAUGAGACAAGACGUUCUGAGGAACGAGGCCCAUCGUGCUUCUGCCUCCCCUUCAAGUUACCCGGGGCGCCCAACUUACAAGGCUGCCGACUCGUCACCAGCUGCUCUGCCUGGCUCUCAGUAUCAGGCUAUAGAGCAACCCCCGCCACCUAGACAUUAUUCAUAUGACACGAACGGGUAUGACCAGUCACAUAGAGGCAUGCAAGCCACCGUCGAAGACGUCCCCGAGUCUCCCGAGUCUUCUAAUUCGAACAGAAGAAGCAUGGGCAGGGCGCCUCCUGGCCAAUCUCAACAACAGUAUGAUCUGGACUUUGAACAGACUAGCCCUGCUCCACUGAACAUUUCAGGGAGAAGACCGAGCAAUGCAGUGGACCAUCAAUACUCCACCUCUCCAGGCAUGCAAGAUCAGCGGUACUCGACUUCUCCUGGGAUGCAAGACCGGUACUCGACCUCGCCUGGGAUGCAAGACCAGCGGUACUCGACUUCUCCCAGUGUACAAGACCAGCGGUACUCGACUUCUCCCAGCGUGCAAGACCAGCGCUGUUCGACCUCGCCUGGAAUGCAGGAGCAAUCGGGAUAUCAGAGCUCCAAUGGCUACGUGAUGUCCUCCACCGACUUGUCACGGCGGGAACCGUCGGAUUACUCGUCUUCUUCCAACUAUGGCCGGCAUUCCGAGCCUAGCCUUCCCACGUACGAGUCCCAUCAGAACCAGAGAGCACUGCCAUGGCGAGAUGAGCCCGAUAAUGGGUCAAACAGCUACUCGGCUGCACCAGUGCCUGCUGCGUUGAUUCCUGGGAUUGAUCCAAACAUCUCACAGGAGAUCGCGGUGCGUGUCAACGAAGACAGUGGUCGUCGACGGUACAACCAACAAGCGCAAAUGGAGACACCCCCAAGGGGCAGAACCAUGGAUGUCGCUCGGAGAUAUGAUCAAGAUGGAUCCCCCGCGAGCUACAACGCUCAGCCUACUGCUCAUGGCAGGAGUCCCAUGACUUACACAGCAGGGCCAUCGACAUCGAGUGUUAACGUAGUGAUCAAGUCGCGGGCAUACUCGCCCAACCCACCCGUUCGUGACCCUAGUCCCAACCCGCCCCAGCAACAUCACAACCCACCCCAGCAGCAGCACACCAUCCGCCGCAAGUCAGUAAGCCCCAGACCACCAUCCUCUGAUAGCCGCGCUAUGUCCAGCGUUCCUUUCGGCCCCGACAGCUAUGAGGUUCUCAACCCCACCGCCGCCGCUGCUGCCAUGCACGACCCGACCGCUGCUCUGCCGGACUACGACGCAGCCACUGGCAAGAUCAUCACACACGAUGGUCGCGAAGUUGACCCCUCUGACCAUUUGCCCAUGGACACUUGGGCACCUGAACCCGAAGCGAAGAAGCCGACACAGACAUCUCCCGCUCCUCGUCCUACACCGGGUGGUCCACAACCACAGCCCGUAUCUUCGACCGGCCGUCGUCCUCUACGCAUCGCUGCCGCCUCCCGUCCACAAAGCUACGUCGCACCUGACUCUUUCGAUUCCCUCACUCCGUCCCCGCCUGUCUCCAACGGCCGAAAUCGCCUCCAAAAGAAACCUCCCCAUCGCAUGUCCAUCUCGUCUGGGUUCUCACCAUCAGAACCAGUCAUGUCUGGCGCCAAUGGUCUUGGUCCCGGAAGGAGGAACAGCAACGUUGGCUUAGACUCUCAGCCUCUUGCUCCCCUGCCUCCUCACCAGGACAACUUUAAUUCCCAAAGGAAUCUCCCACGAGCCUCAACUUUUGACUAUGGUGCCGGGGAGAAUUACCACCCUUCCAUGCAGGGGAGUAUUGGACGGAAUGGGCCUCCUCCUCCGGCUAAGAUCCCUUUGGCGUUGCCGCCUUCCCAGGGGUAUAAUAAUAGUAAUAUGAGCGGCGCGCUGCAGUUGCACAGCAGUAGUGCUGCCAGACGAGGAGGGAUGGAUGAUUAUGAUUAUCAUGACGGGGGGUAUCGGCAUCAAAAUGACGGGUAUGCCAAUGGUGGUGGGGUGGGUGGUGGAACGGAGUUGAGCCUGGAGGAGGAGUUGAGGUCGAUUGAUAUUGGAACGGGGAGAUCGUCGAGGCGCCAUCAGGGGUAUGUGCAUCAGGGGCAGUGGUAA